UGGUGGGUGUCUCCGUAAAAACCAAAGCCAUUUGAAAGUUGGAGGUUGCAUCCCCAAGCCAUGGCGGGAGCAAUUGGAUCGACAGCAGCAUCAUGUAUAUUCUGUGAUAUAGCAACCAAAUCCAGCUCCAAUACUCUUCUCCACUCUGACGAUAGGGUUGUUGCGUUUCGGGACAUCAAUCCAUCUGCUUUCAGGCAUUACUUGGUAGUUCCUGUUGAGCACAUUCCUACUGUUAAAGAUCUGCAAAGAAAAACUGAAGACUAUUCUCUAGUGAGUCACAUGUUAGAGGUGGGGAGAGUUUUAUUACUCAGAGAUGCACCUCAGUCCAAGAUGUACAGAUUUGGUUUUCAUCAGCCUCCAUUGAACUCUGUUAACCACCUACACCUUCAUUGUUUGGCACUACCAUAUACACCCAAAUGGAGAUGUAUAAAAUACUUGUCUUUUGGACCACUUGGUUUCAUUGAAGCAGAGAAGUUUCUGGAAAAGAUAAAGCCUUUGCCCACAAUUCAUUCAAAAGUAACAUUUUUUCAAUAACACAAGUCCUACUGAUGUAUAUUCACCAUAAAUGCCGUAGUUGGAACCCAAAAUGAUGUGGUGAUGGCUACCAUGUUAUGCUAAGCUAUCCGGUGACAACAUUCUUUCUAAAAGGAACUGGAAAGAGUUGAGAAAAGAAGACGCAUUUCAGUGCUGUACUUACCAGUAGUUCUUAGGCAUUUCCAGUUAACUUGAUGUUAGUUGUCUUGGAGAGUUGGGUAUGGAGUUUGUGUGAUACAAAAUCGCAUGCCUAGUACACAGAUAAGUGGAAUUUGAGAAUCGCAAUGUUCGGUAUAUGUAGCAACAUUAUACUCGGAACAUUCAUAUUUGAUAAGUUGAAUUGAUUUUCAAUUUAUGUGUU